AUGUCUACGCCAUCGAGCACAACCGGUGCCUCCGAAGCCUCCAAACCCGCCGGCGGCAGCGAAGUCACAACGAAACCCGUCCCCAUCCUGCCGUCGUCCCAAGCUCAAAUCGUGAGACAUGCUCACCCAGUCCUGCUCGCUGCCUUCUUCUACGCGAGGUUCAAUGCCCUGGUACAGGAUCCGAUAACCACCAUGUGGAGCUCUGCUCCCGUGGUCCUGGCGAUGCAGGUUGCGUAUACAAUUCUAUGCCUGCCACCAGCUGGAGCUCAAGCGAUGAAGCCCGCAAAGAAGCUCCGCCCUGGCGAGAAGAAGAAGGCGGCAGCUGACGGAGCUGGGCCGAACAUUGCAGUGACAACCACAGUUGCCAUCCUCCUGACCAUCUUCUCCGCCGUACCUCUCCACGUCCUCUUCGUCCUCUUUGGCGCUCCUUUCCUGACACACCUCCCGAACACAUUCCUGUGCUCCCUGCAUCUCUCUCUGCUGGGUCUAUACCCUCUCUUCUACAGCCACGGCGUUGCGACGAACGACUGGCUCGAGAUCCUAGGCGUACGAGCGCCCUUUGAUGAGGCUUCUGGUGGUUUGGUUGGUGCUUGCUUUGGUGCUUGGAUUGGAGCUGUACCUAUACCCCUUGACUGGGAUCGCGAGUGGCAGAAGUGGCCAGUCACGAUUCUGGUGGGUGUUUAUGCUGGCUACGUGCUGGGCAAGCUGGUCGGAGGUACCGUGGCUUAUGGCAAGAGAUUUGCGUGA